GCUGCAUGCUGCUCAGCGGCCCAGUAGUGGACAACGGCCGGGGCCCUUGUCCAUGUUCUUGCGUGUCCCUUGUCCAUGUUCUUGCUUGUCCCUUGUCCAUGUUCUUGCAUGUCAGGUUAUUCUGGUUGACGCAGGACCCAACAUCGAGCCCGAUCAGUUAAAUCAAGACAUGGCCAAGCAACCCAAGCCUGGGGAAUACGCGUGCAUGCCACAUCACCAAAGUUCCGAAGAGGCCGCUCUGAGCCGAUUGGGUGCCUCGGCAGGCGGAGUCGAGCCGGCAGAGGCUGCAACGACGAGGCAAAGCCAGGGCACACUACGUGAGGUAGUAUGAGGAG